CUCUCGGCCCGCGGCCUGGUCGGCAAGCAGGGCUGCAGUCACGGGGCGGCGCUGAGGGCCCCAGCCUGGUCAGGGGUGUGGCCGCCGCCACCGUAAGGCUAGGCCGCAAGCCCGGUCCUGGGAGCCGCCUCCGUCGCCGCCGUAGGAGCCGCCCCAUCAGGUUAUCUUAACAAGAAAACCAACUGGAAAAAAAUGAAAUUCCUUAUCUUCGCAUUUUUUGGUGGUGCUCACCUUUUAUCCCUGUGCUCUGGGAAAGCUAUAUACAAGAAUGGCAUCUCUAAGAGGACUUUUCAAGAAAUAAAAGAAGAAAUAGCCAGCUAUGGAGAUGUUGCUAAAGCAAUUAUCAACCUAGCUGUUUAUGGUAAAGCCCAGAACAGAUCCUAUGAGCGACUGGCACUUCUGGUUGAUACUGUUGGACCGAGACUGAGUGGCUCCAAGAACCUAGAAAAAGCCAUCCAAAUUAUGUACCAAAACCUGCAGCAAGAUGGGCUGGAGAAUGUUCACCUGGAACCAGUGAGAAUACCCCACUGGGAGAGGGGAGAAGAAUCGGCUGUGAUGCUGGAGCCAAGAAUUCAUAAGAUAGCCAUUCUGGGUCUUGGCAGCAGCAUUGGGACUCCUCCAGAAGGCAUUACAGCAGAAGUUCUGGUGGUGACCUCUUUCGAUGAACUGCAGAGAAGGGCCUCAGAAGCAAGAGGGAAGAUUGUUGUUUAUAACCAACCUUACAUCAACUACUCAAGGACGGUGCAAUACCGAACGCAGGGGGCGGUGGAAGCUGCCAAGGUCGGGGCUUUGGCAUCUCUCAUUCGAUCCGUGGCCUCCCUCUCCAUCUACAGUCCUCACACAGGUAUUCAGGAAUACCAGGAUGGCGUGCCCGAGAUUCCAACAGCCUGUAUUACGGUGGAAGAUGCAGAAAUGAUGUCAAGAAUGGCUUCUCGUGGGAUCAAAAUUGUCAUUCAGCUAAAGAUGGGGGCAAAGACGUAUCCAGAUACUGAUUCCUUCAACACUGUAGCAGAGAUCACUGGGAGCAAAUAUCCAGAACAGGUUGUACUGGUCAGUGGACAUCUGGACAGCUGGGAUGUUGGGCAGGGUGCCAUGGAUGAUGGCGGUGGAGCCUUUAUAUCAUGGGAAGCACUCUCACUUAUUAAAGAUCUUGGGCUGCGUCCAAAGAGGACUCUGCGGCUGGUGCUCUGGACUGCAGAAGAACAAGGUGGAGUUGGUGCCUUCCAGUAUUAUCAGUUACACAAGGUAAAUAUUUCCAACUACAGCCUAGUGAUGGAGUCUGACACGGGAACCUUCUUACCCACUGGGCUGCAAUUCACUGGCAGUGAAAAGGCCAGGGCCAUCAUGGAGGAGGUUAUGAGCCUGCUGCAGCCCCUCAAUAUCACUCAUGUCCUGAGCCAUGGAGAAGGGACAGACAUCAACUUUUGGAUCCAAGCUGGAGUGCCUGGAGCCAGUCUACUUGAUGACUUAUACAAGUAUUUCUUCUUCCAUCACUCCCACGGAGACACCAUGACUGUCAUGGAUCCAAAGCAGAUGAAUGUUGCUGCUGCUGUUUGGGCUGUUGUUUCCUAUGUUGUUGCAGACAUGGAGGAAAUGCUGCCUAGGUCCUAGAAAUAGCAAGAAGGAAACAUUUUCAUGCUUCUGGCCAGGAAUCCUGGCUCUGCAACUUUGGAAAACCCCUCUUCACAUAACAAUUUCAUCUAAUUCAUCUUCAAAGCGUAACUCUAUUUCAUGUUUUCUGUUAUUAUCUUUCUUGAUACUUUCCAAAUUCUCUGAUUCUAGAAAAAGGAAUCAUUCUCCCCUCCCUUCCACCACAUAGAAUCAACAUAUGAUAGGGAUCACAGCGGGGACAUUUCUUUGUAUCACCUCUUAAAAACGUCGUUUCCACUUUAAAAGUAAACACAAUAAAUUUUUGGAAGAUCUCUGA